GCACAUGCGCAGAGGUCCUGUUCGCUCUUGGUCUGCCCCUGGAGCGUUAGAGACCACUAGCCAGAGCUGGCUGGUUCCCUCUGCCAGCCUGGAGGAAGUUUGAGGCCCUGACCCCAGUGAGGGGCACAAGAGAACAUCAUGCAGGAUCCAAACGAAGAUACAGAAUGGAAUGAAAUUUUAAGGAAUUUUGGCAUUCUUCCUCCAAAAGAAGAACCAAAAGAUGAAAUUGAAGAGAUGGUGUUGCGCUUACAGCAGGAGGCCAUGGUUAAACCAUAUGAGAAGAUGACACUUGCACAACUGAAAGAAGCAGAAGAUGAAUUUGAUGAAGAAGACAUAAAAGCUAUUGAAAUAUAUAGAGAAAAGCGGUUACAGGAAUGGAAAGCACUUAAGAAGAAACAAAAAUUUGGGGAACUAAGAGAAAUUUCUGGAAAUCAGUAUGUGAACGAAGUCACAAAUGCAGAAAAAGACCUGUGGGUUGUAAUUCAUCUGUAUAGAUCAAGUGUCCCAAUGUGCUUGGUGGUUAACCAACAUCUAAGUGACCUAGCAAGAAAGUUUCCAGAAACCAAAUUUGUUAAAGCCAUCGUGAAUAGCUGCAUUGAACACUACCAUGACAACUGUUUACCAACAAUUUUUGUUUAUAAAAAUGGUCAGAUAGAAGGCAAAUUCAUUGGAAUUAUAGAAUGUGGAGGGAUAAAUCUCAAGCUAGAAGAACUUGAAUGGAAACUAUCAGAAGUUGGAGCGAUACAGACUGACUUGGAAGAAAACCCCAAAAAGGGCAUUGCAGAUAUGAUGGUGUCUUCAAUUAGAAACAUCUCCAUGUAUGACAGCGAUAGCUCUGGCAGUGACACUGAGGCUAAGUAGAGCUAGUUAAUAAAUAGCUUUACAGUGUA